AUGUGGUUCCGGAAAUCGACGCUGGGAAAAUCUCGACUGGGAUCAUACGUCAAACAUUCCACGAUUCACGGAAUUGGGCACAUUCUUGCGCAAAAUUCCAAGGACACGGGGAUUGUUGUUCCCGACCAUCCUUUCCUCUCAUAUGCAAAGGAAUUUUGGUUACUACACACACGGUAUACGAUCGAGCCAUCUACUCAACGCUUGUGGUUCAAUCUGAUCGGUGAGGUUGACCUUUCGAAUCUCCGAACCCAUCCCUUGGUAGCGGCGGCCUGGGCCGAUGUGGAAGUACCCCAAGAACCUGCUGCUUUUGCAGGCUUGUUCUGGUCUGUGCAAAACUCCCAUAUCCCAAUUUUUGAUCAUGCUAUCAACUUGGGUAAACAUGCUUCUUCAUUCACCUCACAAUUCCGCCGCAUAGUGGCACUUCGUCGGAUGUUCAAAUCACUGUCGUCACUUUCGUCACUAUCACCUUCCUCGGGCGAUAACCCUCCAGUAUCACCACGUCCGAUUAUAGAGGCACACAUGAUCUCACACCUACUCCCGAUCUCAGUAUUAUUAAACACCUUCGAGUUUACCAAAUGGAUGGAAUCCCAUAUUGAGCCAGCGAAGUGCAGCAAGACACCCACGAGGAAUACCAGCGCCCUAAGCGCUCACGAUAAUUCUACAAUCGAGCUCUCUCCAGGGUCUAUCGAAUCCCCCGGGCCAUAUGAAUUGGAUGCGACAAUGACACAAAUUGCUGUCCUGGAAGGCUUCCCUGUUACCCUAGAUGUACCCCGAACAUUCAAGCUCCUCCCCAAAUAUCCCAUACACCAAUUCGUGGACUUUCCAUCAUCGAUAUCUCAGGCAUUCCUUUACACACUGCAAAGCAAUGUCCCACACGAGAUGUUUCUGAGAAAGUUUACUUCGCACCUCAAUAGCGGACUGGAUCUCAAGUCACUUAGCAACGUAAGAGUCUACUCUAUCCUCAAAGUAUUGGUAGAAUCUCGUGAGCUUAAUUCACUUCUUGUUUUCCAACUCCGAGAAAGAUUGGUGAAUUCGAUUCGCAUCGAAGAUGGAAUGCGGAACCAGAUUUUCCGUCGUGCCUGUCUCAUGGGGAACUUCGACAUCGCUGUUCAGACGCGACCUCGUCCAGAAGCGGAGGGCUUGAGACCACCAUACAGGGGUGAUGAGAUUAACCUUGUACUACAAAAUGUAUCGGAAGAAAGAUUCAAGCUUGCAACAUGGCUAGUCAAUGAUGGUGCAUCAUAUCCGUCAAACGAUAUCGAUGCCUCUGGAUGCUAUUGCUCCACCCUUCGUCGGGCCAUGCUGCUGAGGAACUGGCACCUAGCGUCAGCAUUGCUUGAGCAUGGGGCUUCGACAAUGGGACUGGCUAGAUUUUGCUCUCGAAUAGAGUUGACCCAUUUUUGCGUCUUACACAACGACCUGGACGGUAUCGCGUUCCUGGCUAAGGCAACGAAAGGCAAAGCUUUAAAUACACCCUCUGCCGGGUCCGUGUUCAACAGCUUCACUCCAAUACAGCUCGCGGCUUUCAGGGACUCUGACUGGUGUCGACUCCAUUCUAUUCGAGCCCUAAUGGCUGAAGGUGCUAGGCUUUGGUCCAUGACGACCGAUAGCUAUAUGCUCUCAAUCGAAGAGAAACUGGAAAGGCUUGUUAUCAGCACUGCCGAAAACUCCGCACGAGACGCUGGGGAAUACCUACAUUCCCUGAGAGGAAUAUACGCUCAAAAUAAGAAAGUCCUAAAGGUCAGCAGUAAGAUUGUUUGUCUUGUUGCAAUACUCGUUGGGAAGUUUGUCUCAAAAUACCGUCAGGCUUUGUCUCAGCCGCAGCCAAGCAACGAGGAAGUUCUAGGGUACUUCAGCGAUUCUGUGGUUUUGAUGAGUAUCUUCCUCAAAUCGCCCAGAGCCCCAGGUUUUCACAAGACAGACUUGAUUCUGUCUCUGCGAGAAAUUACAGGGGCCUUAUCGCGCCUUGACACCGUCUCAGACCCCUCUUCCCUUGAGGGGCCUUUCAAGUCGACACCGAUCACGUGGAAGGUACAGAUGAGACUUCUACAAGUUGUCGAUCUCAUCUUGAAAAGCACAAUCUCGGCUCAGUCUGAGCAGCAGCCAAGGAAAUCCCAUGUGAUACCCGAAAUUCUGUGUGCAGACCUAUUACAUACAUCCAUAGCCUCUAAACCCACUGCCUUGGAUGGAGAUUCUUUGGCGUCGACAAGCCAAUUCGCACUACAGUUCAAGUACUUUCGAAAUAUUCUAGAAGACGGCUUCAACGCAAAUGGUCUCACAUGGCUCUUGCAGUGCUUACUCAUCCUUGGUAAAAAGUUCUCAGGAGAAUCUCUGAUUCAUUUCGCAACCGAUCUCGACCUCACCUAUAUGAGUAACUCUUGGCUUGACAGAGAUGAAAGUCCGCAUCCAAUUCCAGUCAGUAUACGGGAAAGGCUUCGGUGUUUUGGCUGCAGAAAGGACACUUUGGAUAUGCUAGACGAGGUGUUGAUCUCUUUCAAGCUGAUGUAUCGAGCUCCUUUGAAUGGGCCCCUCAUUCGCUAA